AUGGCAUCCGCCUCAGCAACAAGUGUUCAAAGUCAAUCAUCAUUGCCACAAAAUACUUGCACCGUUCCUUUAUUAGGAGUACGUGGUCCCGGUGGAGUUCAGCUUGUGACCAGUCCCGUUCAUUCUGAAUCAGUUGAAAAAGUUUUAAGUCAUGACGUUGAAAAUUGUCGUUUAACAUGCUUUAGUCGAAGUGGACAUCAGUUUGUUAUGGGUGAUGGAACAAAAGUCCAAGUUUAUUGCUGUAAUACUCGUCAUGUUCUGUAUGAAAUAAAUAAACGAAAAAUAUGUGCAAUAAAAUAUAGUCCAAAUGAUACUUAUCUGCUGUUAUUUGAACCAUUUUCUGAACGCUAUACUAACCGUUUACAACUUGAAGGUUUACAAAUAUUCAGUAUGGGAAAAAGUGUACCACCAUACACGAUAUCAGCCUUUGUCAAGGGUAAAAAGGGUAUUCCUGACUGCGUACGUUUAUUUCAAUAUCCAGAUUUAAAAUCGACAAUCGCAAAUAAAAGUUUUUUCAAUUUUGAUCAUGUAAACAUGAAAUGGAAUUAUAAAGGUACAGCAUUGCUCGUACUGUGUAGUUCAGAUAUGUCCGAAAACAGUUAUUAUGGUGACACAAUGUUACAGCAUUUAAAUAAGAAUGGUGAUAGUAGCAAUAUUACAUUAUCGAUAGACAUGCCAUCGAAAGCCACAAUGUUCAAUUCAAAAUGUGAUAUAUCAUGGGAAUUGAGUGUUGGAGCCAAAAAUGCUGUUUAUUAUAACACCGAUGGUACUUAUCUUGCUUUAUGUGGAUUUGGAAAUGUUAGUGGCAACAUCGAAAUGUGGGAUGUAAAAGCUCGAAAACAAUUGAUACACAUUAAUGUGCCAGAUACCACUUAUUUUCAAUGGUGCUACGAUAACUACCAUUUCAUCACUGCAACAACAGCACCAAGAUUAAGGGUUAAUAAUGGUUUCAAAAUUUGGCGUUUAACGGGUGAAUUGAUAUUUGAACAUCGUACAUCAGACAAUCAAGAAUUGUGGCAAGUUCUAUGGCAACCAGGAACAUAUAAUCGUGGAAAUAAACAACCAAUAGCUUCCGAUCCGUCUUCGACGACUACAAAUAUCAGUAGCAAACAAAAAACUCCACAAGCCUAUCGUCCACCUCAUUUACGAAAUACAACUCGACAAGUGCCUAAACUGCACGAUGAAGGUAUACUUCGAUUUAUUAUAUCCAUGCUGCACUAGAACUUUAAUUGGUCUUCUUAGUGCCUGCUAAACAAUCUCAUUCACCUAAACCA